ACACGAAUAAUUAUUAUCUCUCCAAAAUCGUCACUCCUUCCAUUCCCCACACGUUAGAAGAGUACCCUGCAUCCUAUGAAUCCAGCGACAACCACCGCAUCGACACCAAGUUGGUGGUGGUGCAGGCAGACCCGCCAUGUUCAUCCACACCGUCCACCUUUCAUCCAUCGCCCAACAUAUCCACAUUUCAGAGGUUUAGGGUUGUAUUCAAAGAAGAGAGUUGUUGAAUCUAGAUUGGGCAACGGUACUGUGUCUUUAACCAAUUGGGAUGAUAAACCCUUUGAAAUCCUUCCAAAUGGGAAAAGGUCUUAUUUUGAUGAACAAGAUGUUGUUGCAUUUAUUGAUCCUCCUAACAACUUAAUUCCUUUAGAUCCAGCUUCAUAUAAUCCUGCUGCAUAUCUAUGGAAAAAAAUUGAAGAUAUUCCGGAGGAAAGGCGUCAUCGACUAUUGCAAUUGUUAAAACCUAGACUUAUAUCAAUGGCUUGGCAGAUAGCUGGUACACGAUAUGAAGAUCCCAAGUUAGUAAAGAAAAGUGAAUCUACGUUGUUGAUGAUCAACUCCGACAAAGAUGAUGUGAAGCUUGAAUAUUACAAUUGCCGAACAAGUGGAGGACCAAUGCCAAUUUCCUGGAUUAAUUCCUUCAAAAAGGUUAUAUUUUCUUGCAAUGAUGGGAAGACCUAUGGACGACUCAUUGGUGGAUCAGUUUUGGCUGCAUUUGCUGAAUCUUUUGCUCCUCUGUAUUUUACGAUGACACAACUUAAGGAAGUGAUGUCCACCGAGCAGCCUUGUGAUUUCGCAUAUGAAUUUGGGGACGGAGUGUUUGAUAUCAAAGAACUUCCACUAGGAUUUCCUAGAUCAGUUAAACAUCCUUAUCCUUUCAACGAUCAAGUUGUUAUAUAUGUUCGCUAUCUAGGACCGGGUGUUUCAGUAGGGCAAGCAUGGCAAGAGGGAAAUAAGUUAGAGCAAAUACCACGAAAGUUAUGUGGCGAGAUUUUAAUGGUGAAGGAUUACACAUCAUUACAAUAAGGCCAAUGAAGAAAGUUACUUGUCCUCCCUCAAAGCGGAAUAGUGGUUAGAGCAAAGUGUUCUCAAAUAGCUGCUAUUGCAAUACUAUAGCUUUGCAUUGUAGCAAAAUUUGAACACUGAUUUAAAUAUUUUUCACAUGCCAACCAAUUCGUCUCUUAAGUGAUGAUGUGUGAAUCAGCUAAGUUUCUGUUUCUAAGUCAUAUGUUAGGGAAUUAUGACUUUGUCUCCAUGUUUUCUGUUUCUGUACAGGCCAACUAAGUAUAGAACUAGUUGAGAGAAUAGCACAUUGAAUGUGAUGUACUGAUGUUACACUAGAACUAUAUUUAAAGAGCAUAGCAAUGUUUAGUAUCGGCUUUCAAAGUCAAAUUUGUACUUUAUAGUUACUAAACAUUUAGAUUGAAUUCUAAAAUAUUGAAACACUGCAGAGUACAUUUAUCUUUUUGUGACA